CUUUAGCGCGGGUGUUCGAACUGGCGCUUCGCGGCGUUGCCAUGGCGAUGAGGCCUGGCCGCGACUUUGGGCUGGUGUGUUGACAGCACGCCGGAGUGGCCAGCUUUGGGUCUCGUUUCUGUAGGCCGCAUCGUUUGUCCUCAGUGAGGGCUGUCCGAGGAGGAAUUUGGGAGCCUCCGAGAGAUAGGAAGGAGAAACCAUCAUUAUUGUUCUACACCCUCUGGAGCUCCCUGGUGCCAUUCAUGGUGCUUUCAUGUGGCGUGACAGAUUUAACUCAGCACCUUAUGCAUGGGAAGGUGUGCACUCUACCAGAAGUCACAGAAAUUUCUUUACAAAAAUGGCAUCCUGGUUGUAUGAAUGUCUUUGUGAAGCAGAACUUGCACAGUAUUAUCCUCAUUUUGCUGCUGUUGGCCUCCAGAAAAUAGAUGAACUAGCCAAAGUUACAAUGAAGGACUAUUCCAAGUUGGGAGUCCAUGACAUGAAUGACCGCAAGCGUCUUUUCCAACUUAUCAAAAUUAUUAAGAUUAUGCAGGAAGAAGAUAAAGCAGUCAGUAGCCCAGGGCAUCUUCUCCAGACAAGUAGCCAGCAGCAUAUCAAACCUCAGGGGUCCAGAACUGGACCUCGAAGACAACUACAUUUUGACUCUCCUGCUGACAACAAAGGCAAAACUACUAGCAGCAAUGGGUUUGAAAUGUCCAAUUUAUUGGAUUCUUGUGCAAAUGAAGAAAAAUCUAGUUACUUAAAAGUGCUGGAGCACAUACUACCAGAUGACUCCCAGUACCACAAAAAAUCAAGAAUGCUGAGUGCUACAGCUGCCAAAUCCUUUGUGCAAACAGAAACUAAUACUGCAUUCUUCUCAUCAAGUCACUUUUGUCCAAUACUGGGAGACUGUGAUAUUCCCAUUAUUCAAAGAGUCUCUCCUGUUUCAGGGUAUAACUAUGGGAUCCCUCAUUCUUGUAACAGACAGAGCAACACCUUGGAAAAAGAGAAUCCUUGGACUGAAAUGGAGAAAAUCAGAGUUUGUGUUCGGAAGCGACCUUUGGGCUUGAGGGAAUUACGUCGUGGAGAAGUUAAUAUUAUUACUGUAGAAAACAAAGAAACUCUAUUUGUUCAUGAGAAGAAAGAAGCAGUUGACCUCACACAAUACAUUCUGCAGCAUGUUUUUUACUUUGAUGAAGUCUUUGGUGAGACUUGCACCAAUCGGGAUGUAUAUAUGAAGACUACUCAUCCACUCAUUCAGCAUGUUUUUAAUGGAGGCAGUGCCACUUGCUUUGCCUAUGGACAAACAGGAGCUGGAAAGACCUACACCAUGAUAGGAACUCAUCAAAACCCAGGUUUAUAUGCUCUGGCUGCCAAAGAUAUCUUCCAGCAACUAAAAGUGUCCCAGCCAAGAAGGCACCUCUUUGUGUGGAUCAGUUUCUAUGAGAUCUACUGUGGACAGCUUUAUGAUCUCCUAAAUAGAAGAAAAAGACUCUUCGCAAGAGAAGAUGGCAAGCACGUGGUGCAGAUAGUGGGACUUCAAGAGCUGCAAGUGGACAGUGUGGAUCUCCUCUUAGAGGUGAUCCUGAAGGGCAGCAAGGAGCGCAGCACUGGGGCCACUGGGGUCAAUGCAGACUCAUCGCGCUCCCAUGCUGUCAUCCAAAUUCAGGUCAGAGACUCAGCAAAGAGGACAUUCGGCAGGAUAUCUUUUAUUGACUUGGCUGGCAGUGAAAGAGCAGCAGAUGCUAAAGACUCGGACAGACAGACAAAGAUGGAAGGUGCAGAGAUAAACCAGAGUCUUCUAGCUCUGAAGGAGUGUAUCAGAGCACUGGAUCAGGAGCACACCCACACUCCCUUCAGGCAGAGUAAAUUAACGCAGGUGCUGAAGGACUCGUUCAUCGGCAAUGCCAAAACCUGCAUGAUCGCCAACAUCUCACCCAGCCACAUGGCUACAGAGCACACUCUGAACACCCUGCGCUAUGCUGACAGGGUCAAAGAACUAAAGAAAGGCAUUAAAUGCUGUGCUUCAGCUGCCAGUCAGAAUCAGACAUCUGGAAACUCUUCUCCAAAACGGAUUCAGAGCUCCCCGAUGGCUUUGCCAGGGGACAAGUUCUCUCCAAAAAAAGUCAAGCUGGGGCUUCAGCAGGCACUCACAGCAACCCCUGGCUCCACAGAAGGGAAGGCCCGACCUCUAGCCAACCACCCUCUCAACAUUCCUUUUGCUUCCGUACAAAAAGUCUCUGGUAUAAGGGGAGGCUCUAGGGGAAGUCCUCCACAAGAGGGAGUCAUUCACACCGGCCCUGCCAAAGCAACAGUGCGGCGUGGACAUCUGGCCAAGAAAAGAGCAGAAGAGUUCGCUUCACUGUGCACUGAGAAGAAUCAAGUCAGUGGUAAAACUGCCCUUGGGUGGGGGAGCAAGCCCCCUGGUCUAGAAGGCCUGGUGCACGGGAAGCUGCCAUCCAAGGACAAGAAAGUUCAGACUGUGCAGCCAGUGCAGAAGCAACUCUUGUCUCGAGUGGAGCUCUCCUUGGGCAGUGGCCGCCGCCACCACUUAGCUGAGUACAGCCAGAGCAGUAAGCGGGGCCCGCCUUCCUCAGAAGCUCGGACAGACAUCCCUCCACAUCAGAGGGAGAGGGAAGAACAUUUACGCUUUUAUCACCAACAGUUCCAACAGCCGCCUCUCUUCCAGCAGACGUUAAAGUACCAACCACUGGAAAGAUUUUUAUGCCAGACCAGACCCCAAGAGGGGCAGCUUCACACUGAGGCUCUGACCCCCUCCCACCCUUCCUCUGAGAGUCACGACGGAGGCCACACUGAGGACCUCGAUGACAGUGAUUUCAGUGAAGAUUCCUUUUCACAUGUCUCGAAUCAGAAGAGCACAAAGCAGAGAAGCACCCUGCAGGAUAGCGAAGACUCCUUCUUCCUUCACCAGCGAAAACAGGGUCCUGAGGAGCAGGUGGCUGAGAGGCGACAGAGUCUGUUUUUCAGCCCCAGGACAGAUGGUGACGGGAAGGGUCUAACUGCUAACUGGAUGGAUCACUCGGACCACGGAAGAGCAGCGACUUCAGUGGAUCAGAACCACGGUCGAAGCAAGAUGUCUUUGGACUGGAGCAGAGUGGACUCCACCUCCUCAGGGUCACCUCCCAGAGGUAGCCUGGCGGAGAAGCCUUACUGCUCACAGGUGGACUUUGUGCACAGCCAGAAGAGAGGUAGCAGCCCAGCCUCUGACCUCAGACGGGAUCCUUUCAGAAGUGAGGCUCUCCCGGAGGCUGAGGGCAGCUUGCCCUCCCUGGUGGAAGGUGAUUUCACUUUCUCACUGUCCCACAUUGCAGUUCCUGGAUCCCCAGACCAAAGAGAGACGCGCAGUGCCCCUCUGAGAGAAGAUAAUGAAGACAGCCCAAUUCUGGCAGCAAGAAUGAGAAACCAUAACUCUUUCCAGGGAGAGGACUUUCGAGGGGAAUUGGGCAUCUGCUCGGAAUAUGCUUCUGCGCUGAUGGCCCCCCUCACUGUCUCCCUGCUGCAGAACCCAGGAGAUGAGGGUAUUUCUCCUCUACAGCAGAGAGCCCAGGAUGGGGCUACACAUAGUCUGGUGGCUCCAGGCACAGAGGGGGCAGCUGCCGACCCCCUGGUGUCACCUGUAGAGCCAGAGGCAGCGGGGCAUCUGUGGCUCUCGUCAUCUCCUCCUGACAACAGGCCUGCUGGUGACCUGCCAUCUCUGUCCCCGUCACCCAUCCGUCAGCCCCUGCCUGACAGACUGCCCACCAGGAAGGCUGAGCCAGAGGAGGCCUGCCGGAGCAGAGAGACCACACGUCUCUUCUCCCAGGAUCGUGCGGGGAGUGAGCAGUCAGAUGCUGACGCUGACCCUGAGGACACAGAGCUGGGCCACUCUCAGGAUUUCCCAGGAAAGUCCUUCACCAGCAGACAUGCUGGAAGACCCCACUCUGGGCUUGCACUCACCCCUCAGACAGAAAGCAGUCACACAGCUAACCAGCCCUCGGCCCAGGAGAGAAAGUAUCCAAUCAGACUCGGUUGGCAGGAGCCGGAUUUGGCCACAGACCCUGUCAGAUUGCCCCGCUAUAACGAGGACAUGGAGUGGCUCGGACGCCGGCCCGUCACAAGGUGCUUAGUAAGGCCAAGCUCUCCUUCUGUCUCCAGCUGCUCAUCCAAGACUGCAGGGACAGCCCAUCAGCCCACCCUGGGGCACGCACAGCAGGUCGUCAUUCGAGCUCACCAGGAACAGCUGGAUGAAAUGGCCGAGCUGGGCUUCAAGGAGGAGACCCUGAUGAGCCGACUGGUUCCGAAUGAUUUUGAAGAUUUUGUGACCCAGCUGGAUGAAAUCAUGGCUCUGAAAUCCAAGUGCAUCCAGAGUCUGAGAAGCCAGCUCCAGCUGUACCUGGCCUGCCACCGGUCAGCUGUGGCCCCUGAGAGCACAGUGGUGUCUUAGUACCAGACCUGUGCAGGCUGGCAAGGGCGGCAGAGGAGGCUGUUGGGUUGAAGGGGCCUUGCAAGGUUCCCCCUACAUCGACCAGAACCUGCUCCCUGGCCUGCCCUCUCACCCCACCCACCAUACACCACCCAGCUUCAGGGCCUGUUGCCUGGUUUCAGAUGGCAUCUGUAAAGAACUUAGCACGCCCCUUCCCUUUCCUUGGGACUGAAAGGGAAAUCUGUCUCACUCCUUGUCUGUGGACAUAUCCUUGGGCCUAACAGCCCCAUAAAUACAUCUGAAUAGGUGUAUCAGAGGAGGGAAGAUGAAUGUGUGGAGCCUGGGGGCCUUAAUUAAAUGUUGUGCCUUUC